ACUGAACUGGACCAGAAGUAAAUAAAGUCGCCGGCCGAUGACGUCACGAGGAUGCUGCGAAUAGAAUGGGUGACACGACUUUUUUUCGCGUGUGGGCUCUUAUUUUUUUACUCUUUUUUGCUGCAGGUGUCUUGAGACCUAGACGUUUAUGAAAUAGGUUAACCCGUUUGCCAGUUAUGAAGACGGCGUAAAGGCUCCCUGUCAGCGUGCUGCCUUGUUUCAUCCACUAGAUGGAGACAAAGCGUAUGUUUUCAAAUGUAGGCCAUGAGGCGAGAACUCAAGGACGUGUUAAAUUACACCGUUUUGAAUUUGGGGUCAUGCGAGCAGAAGUCGAAGUUUACUGCGCAAUAAACAGCAUUUUAUAUGAUUUGACUGACACAAUUGGAUUGGAAUUCCGUACACGAAUAAAACUUUUUUUUUAAAAAAAUCACUAUAUUAACAGUGGAUAAAAGUUGCAAACUUGCUUACUAACUAUUUAUAUAAUUUUCCCUUAAUUUUGAAGUAAUUUUAAACGUUUCGGGGCUGAUUACGUAACAGAGCUAGCAUCUCUGUGUACUUCCCCUUCCCUGUGGGUGGGUUGGGGGUCCUCCAUUUACAGUUAGUUGUCUUCUCCCCCGACCCCUUAACUCUGGUUUCAUCCCAGAAUUUAACACUUCCUCACCCUGCUCCACUCGUUUUAAUCCACGUGUGAAUGGACGAGUGAGUGCAGUUAAUUCAAUACAUGUCUAGACAGCAGCCCUUGCUCUCCAUGGGGAGGUAAAUGUAUGCUACAUCUGGCAGGAGAAUGAAUAAAAGGUGAACAGCAGAUAAACAGGCAGCCAAUCAGAGGGCGAGGUUGAGGCGGCAUCCGAGCUCCGAUUGGUCAGUGGCACCAUGAGCUCCAGCUCUUAUUGAUUCGCUCGCUGCAGAGCUGACUAUCACUCUCCCUUUUCUGGGUUACUGUAGUUUUUGGAUAAGCGGACCUGCUUCAUCUCCGUUAAACACCCCCCCCAAAAUAUCCCGAUUACUACUCGUCUCGUCUUAGAGCAUCACCAAACCGCUGCCACGAUGACGGAGGCGGAGGCGUUGGAGAAGAAGCAGCACAAGUCCAGUAACCAAAAUGGGGAUGUUCUUCCAGAGGCCACCAGAGAAGACGUGUUCGAUCACACAUACAAAGAGAAAGAGGGCCCAAAACCUGGCACGAUAAUCGUCUGGAAGAAUGUCAUAUUGAUGACUGCAUUACAUAUAGGUGCCCUGUACGCCAUCUCCCUCAUCCCUUCCGCAUCUCCUUUGACCUUGCUUUGGUCCGUACUUUGUUUUUUGAUAAGUGCUUUAGGAGUCACUGCAGGAGCUCAUCGCCUGUGGAGUCACAGAUCCUACAAGGCCUCAUUACCUCUGAGGAUCUUUCUUGGUGUUGCUAACUCCAUGGCAUUUCAGAAUGAUAUCUUUGAAUGGGCCCGGGACCACAGGGUUCACCACAAAUAUUCAGAGACAGAUGCUGACCCUCACAACGCCGUGCGGGGCUUCUUCUUUGCUCACAUCGGCUGGCUGCUGGUGCGCAAACACCCCGACGUCAUCGAGAAAGGACGCAAGCUGGAACUCACUGACCUGCUGUCUGACAAAGUUGUAAUGUUUCAAAGGAAGUAUUACAAGCCGUCUGUGCUGCUCAUGUGCUUCUUCGUCCCCACGUCUGUGCCUUGGUACCUGUGGGGGGAGUCCCUGUGGGUGGCCUACUUCAUCCCGGCCCUGCUGAGGUACACCCUGGUGUUGAACGCCUCCUGGCUGGUCAACAGCGCCGCUCACAUGUGGGGGAACCGUCCCUAUGACAAGAACAUCAACCCACGGGAGAACAAGUUUGUCACGUUCAGUGCCAUAGGUGAGGGAUUCCACAAUUAUCAUCACUCUUUCCCCUACGACUAUGCUACCAGCGAGUUUGGCUGCAAGAUGAACCUUACCACUUGCUUCAUCGACCUGAUGUGCUACCUGGGCCUGGCCAAGGACCGCAAGAGAGUGUCCCACGAGAUGGUCCUGGCCCGAAUACAGCGCACCGGAGACGGAAGCCACCGGAGUGGCUAAGCUUGUUGGAGUUGUGGUCAGCUUCGAGGCAAAACAACCGAAAAGAAGAAGCUUCACAGUCCUUUGACAGCUCUACAUUUUCUCAUCCUCUGAGGAUAAAAGUCAGCUUCAUGAGGGCCUCAACCACAUUUUGCUUGUUUUUGUGGUUUUUGUAGCUGUAACUUAACAAAAAUUGUUCAAGAUGGAUAACAAACACAUUUUGCUAAGCCCUUGGCCUCAGUUUCUAUUGUUCGAGUCAGGCCAAGGUCUUGCAAAGAUGUUUUAGAUUUGAAGUAGAUGCGUUUUAAAAAAAAGUCAACUUCAUCCUCCGCUGUUUUGCCACUUUGGUGUGAAUUCUUCAUGCAAAGUCAUGUAGCCGAUCAUUUUUAUGUAAGUAUUACUCAAUUAUUAAUCAAACUAGACAAGAAAGUGGAGCACUGAAAUGAGGAGUAACGUCUCAGCUGAUUAGGUGACUGUUGCCUUUAUCGCAGUUUACAGCAAGUUUUUACAGUCCUGAUAUAAGUUCACUUUAUGAGCGCUCAAAGAUCUGAAAAUAAAAGGGAUGAGAGUUUGAAACAUAUUUUGUUAAAAAAGAAAAGAAAAGUUGCUUUAAUGAAAUAUGGCACAUGAUAGAAGAGUGAGGGAAUCCAGACCAUCUUAUAAACUGACUAGCAGUACGCCAAAACCUUAUGGAAACCGAGAGUCAUGCUGUGUGUUUUGCUGUGUGUAACCUGGUUUUCUUUCUAACCAAACCAAAUGUAGUUGCACAUACUGUAUUUAGUGUGUGUUAUGAUUAGAGUUUUCUUGAGACAAUAUAAGGGACACAUUUAUCAUGAAUUUAAAACUGCCGUUCGAUAUGUAUAACAGAAAAUGAUAAAUGUAAUUUAUAGAGCCCUGCAAUGUUUAACUUUGACUUUUUUGUGUUUUUACUGAAUACAUGGCAGUGCCAAGAGCGUGUCAACCGUCGACAUAUUUAUAACCAUCUCAAUGGUCCACUAGAGCACACUAAAGUCGAUAUCGCUUCUUCACUCAUCGUGGAAGUUUUUUAAACAUUGUGGCAUCAGUGGCUUCGCUUCUUCUCCUCCUUUUCAUUCCCGAAACAUCUGCAGCAGAGCGAUCCCGUUGGUUGACGUGGCCGACCAGCCGUGCAACAGUUCCGGUGUUACAAAACAACGUGCCACCCAUGCAUGAUUAUAUUCUGUAGUAGGUGUCGUAGUGAGGUGUUUUUCGUCGGCAGAACCGUGUCUAUUUUUGUAACGUGCCGUGGAGCCGCAUCACUUUUUGGAUCAUCAGAACUGUUGCCGUGGUGAUUUUCUGAGGCAGGGUCUGGUUUCCCUUUGAUGUCCCACAAAGCUGAUUGUCAAUGCAGGAAAAUUCAGGUGCAUCGAUGCUUAUGUUCAUCUUCAAUUCUGGUGUGAGGAAUUCUAAUCUUAUUUAUGUAUUUAUUUCAAAAAAAUUUUAUCCCCUUAUUGACCUAAAAAUAUAUUGCUGUAACCUGAACUGCUUUUUCUGCAUUCCAAGAUUUGACAGUCUCGUACAAAACAAAAUAUAUCAAAUUUGAGCACCUGUUUGUUUUUUUUUUCCCCCCCAAGAGUCAGGAUACAACCUAAUGCCUUAUGACUUGCAUCCAUUCCUGAUCUCCUUCACGUUUUGCCAAUUUAAAACAAAAAAGGUUCCAAAGUACCACAAAACAAAUCUGACCGAGGUCCAUGUUUACAGGCUGAGGCACCAGGUGGAACGUCAUUUUUAUUCUGAAACCGCAUUUAAUUUAGGCCAAUGGUAGCAUGAAAACAUUAAGGUACUGUUAAUGCAAAUAGAGGACAGAGGUCAAUUCACUCGACGCCUGGUGCAGACGUUCAAUCGUGAGAUUUAACUUGCAAACUGUGUGCCCUGGUGGAUGUGCCAACUAGUCUCAACCCAUCAUGGCAAACUUCCAGACAAAGUUGCCGUCAUGAGUAAUCUUAAGCACUUAACAUAACCCGACAAUGAAAAAUAUCACAAGCCAAGCAAACAACUCCUGCUGCCCAGAGCGCCGAAAAUCAACGCUAAUGACGAAGAGGAUCAAAAGGUUGUCACUCUGAAUGAUUACGUCAAAUCUCAACUGUAUUCUAUUCUGAAAUAAAGUUCACAAUAUUUUCAAUACACUCGUAA